CAAACAGGGGUUAAAUAAUAGGUCAUUGAAGGAAAGAAUGCCUUAAUUUGUAGACAUGAAAAAGGGCCAGGUGGACUAAUAACACACGUGUGCACGAUGUCGGAUUCUCAAUAUAACACAGAGUGAUAAAGCAAUUAUAUAUAAUGGGAAAUAAGUUUGUUUUUUACAGAAAAAUUGAGAAGAGUAAAUACUGCCGUUAUGGAUACGAGCUAAUCCGACGGAACAUCAUGCAUUCUUCUAAAGAAUUCUGUUCGCACAUGCACAACUCGUUAUUUAAAAUUUCGUUAAAUGAAAAGAGCUGUGCAGCCAACCAUUGCAUUCCAGACUUGUUUUGCCAGAAAUCAUAGUUUUGAAUUGGAAGGUGAAGCAUACAACGAGAGAGAAAGAGAGAGGGUUAUUUUCCGCACAAGUCAAAAUGGCAGACGAUAAAACUGACCAAGUUUCUCCAAAAUGGGUAGAAACAUUGAAGAAAAUCGUCAUGGACAACUUACUGGUCAUUUUCAUGAUAAUCGCUGUUAUCAUCGGGGUCGCAAUGGGUCUGGGACUUCGGGACCAUAUCUCAACAGACGACAAGAGGACUAUAUUCUUCCUCCAGUUCCCCGGGGACCUGCUCCUGAACAUGCUGAAGAUGCUGAUUCUCCCCCUGAUUGUGUCCAGUCUCAUCAGCGCCAUGUCCGGCUUGAAGGCCCAGGCUUCGGGUAAAAUGGGAUUGCGGACCGUCCUGUAUUAUCUGAUUACCACCUUCUGUGCCGUGGUUCUUGGAAUCAUUUUGGUGGUGGCCAUUCAGCCAGGGUACAAGAGGGAGGCUUCUAUCGAGAGGAGCGGAAAGACGAAGUCUGCAGAAGGCUUGACUUCGCUUCUAGACUUGAUCAGAAACUGUUUUCCAGAUAACUUGAUAACGGCAUGUUUUCAAAAAAAAGAAACGACGAUGGUGUAUGAGAAAGUCACCCUAACCACCCCAGCACCCAGCCCCACCACUGAUGAUAUGACUACAGCAGCCAUCAACAUGACAGAAAAUAUGACCACCGAAGCCAUGACAACAGUCGAAGCCAUGACAACAGUUGCACCCAAGGUCAUAGAUGGAAAACUUGAAUCAAUAGGCCUAUCUACUCAGGGAGGAAUGAACGUGCUUGGGUUGGUAGUGUUCUCGCUGUUUUUUGGCGGAGUUCUCGCGAGAAUUGGCGAGAAAGGAAGGCCUUUGAUUGACGUUUUUGACUGUCUGCAUCACGUGACCAUGAAACUAAUCACCUUGGUGAUUUGGUAUUCUCCCAUUGGAAUAGCCUUUCUUAUCGCCGCUAAACUGGUUGCCAUGGAAAACCCCGGGGAGAUGUUCACCCAGCUGGGCUACUACAUGCUGACCGUGUUGGUGGGGCUGGCUGUACACGCCUUCAUCGUCCUUCCCUUGGUGUAUUUUGUGAUUGUCAGGAAAAACCCCUAUCGGUUCAUGUAUGGGAUCCUCCAAGCGUUGCUUACUGCUUGGGGAACCGCAUCAAGUUCAGCCACAUUGCCAGUUACUAUGAGCUGUUUGGAGGAACGAAACAACGUGGACCCCCGUGUGACUAUGUUUGUGACCCCCAUUGGAGCCACGGUUAACAUGGACGGGACCGCUUUGUAUGAAGCUGUGGCGGCCAUUUUUAUUGCGCAAUACUUAGACGUGCCUUUGGAUUUUGGAAAAAUCGUUAUCAUUAGUCUGACCGCAACCGCUGCAGCCAUUGGAGCGGCCGGGGUUCCGUCUGCUGGUCUGGUUACCAUGGCAAUUGUGUUGUCAGCUGUUGGACUUCCGGUAGAAGAAGUGAGACUCAUCCUCGCCAUUGAUUGGUUCUUAGAUCGUUUCCGGACCGCUGUUAAUGUACUGGGGGAUUCCUUCGGGGCGGGCAUUGUUGAACAUUUAUCUCAGAAAGAACUGCAAGAAAUGGACCUUCACCUUCACAAAUACCUGGAGGAUGAACAGAACGGCGUGGUCAACACAUUCGACGUCAAGACCGCCAUUGACACCAAAAUGUAAUCUGAUCCGCAAAGACUCUUUAUCGGCACAUUAAUGUGGAUUUGAAAGAAACACAUUUGAGAGACAAAGAAUUGCUCAUUUGAAAAUUUGCAACUUCUCGGGUCUUUCCGAUUAUCGUAAAAUAAUCCUCCACUGUAUUACUUUGGUGUUCCAGACUGAUCACUUUUUUGUUAUGAGGCAUUUUUUCAUCUGUUGAAAUUUUAAUUCGUAAUAUUAAAUAGUAAACCAUGAAAUACACCACAAAGGAGACAUUUUAACGAAGUCUACAUAAUACUAAAGCACAUGGGAAGCGACUCCAUUUUGUAAAAAGAAAAUUUACAUCCGGUAAUGUUAAUACAUCUGAGGUGUUAUUUCCGAGCUCUGCUGGAAAGACACGAGAAGUUGCGAUUGAUGUGAAAAUACGAAAAACUCGUGCAUAGUAUCUUGUACUUUAUCUGCAAUCAUACAUAUAUGUAUAUGUACCCAUGGAAAAUCGUGAAGUAUUAAAUCAAAACACUAUUUUUUAUUUGAUGAACCACAAUUUGAAAAUGGAAGACAAUGGACUCUUAAAAUCGUUCAUUUCGGUUCCGAUUAUAAUACAUCUAUCCGGUUGUUCCUGUUUUUUAAUAAAUAAGAACUGUGUUUGUGUUGUUUAUAUAUACAUGUACCUCAUAUAUAUAUAUAUAUA